AUGGCGGGUACGACAUGGCGGGCACUGUUGCUCCUUGGCGUCGUCCUGACGGCGCAGCUAUGCGGGUGCACGGCCUACGUCGGCGACGGGUUUAGUGCGGAGUUCAUCCACCGUGACUCUGCCAAGUCGCCGCUCCACGACCCGUCGCUCACCCCCCACGGCCGCGUGCUUGCCGCCGUGCGGCGCUCCGCGGCGCGCUCGUACACCGUCGGCGAUCCUACCGGCGGCGUGGCCGAGAUCAGAUCCAGUCCGUACGAGUACCUAAUGUACGUCAACAUCGGCACGCCGCGCACCCGGAUGCUGGCCAUCGUCAACACGGGCAGCAACCUCGUGUCGUUCAAAUGCAUCAACGGGACCUCCGGCCCUCCGCCGGCCGCUGGGGCCGCGCCGUUGAGCUACGUGUUCGACACCUCCUCCUCGUCGUCCUACGGCCUCGUGGCCUGCCGGUUACCCUCGUGCCACGCGGUCCAGGGCACCUCCUGCGACGCCAACUCCAUCUGCCAGUACCACUUGUCCUACGGCGACGGCUCCACGAGGGACGGCAUCCUCUCCACCGAGACCUUCACCUUCGACGACGCUCCCGGCGGCUGCGUUGGGUGCCGCGAACGUCCGCAGCUGCAAGUGACCAGAGUCAACUUCGGCUGCGACACGAACACGACCGGCGGCAACCCGUUCCUCUUGGCCGGCAACGUCGGCCUCGGCGCCGGGAACAUCUCCCUCAUCAACCAGAUCGGCGGCGCGACGUCGCUCGGCCGGAGGUUCUCCUACUGCCUGGCGCCCUUCUCCGUCAACGCCUCCUCCAUCAUCAACUUCGGCGCCCGCGCCGCCGUGACGGAGCCGGGCGCGGUGACCACGCCGCUGAUCCCCUCGGCCGUGGACGCCUUCUACACCAUCCUGCUCACGUCCGUGAAGAUCGGGAACAAGGCCAUCGUGCCGGCGAAGCGGUCUCCCGUCGUCGUCGACUCUGGUACGGCGCUGACGUUCCUCGACAAGGCGCUGCUGGACGCGAUCGUGGAGGAGCUCACCAAGAGCAUCAAGCUCCAGCGGAAGCAGUCGCCGGAGAAGCUGCUGGACCUGUGCUACGAGGUGGGCGGGACGAUUCAAGACUGGGUGCUGGAGAAGCUUUUCCCGGAGGUGACGCUGGGGUUUGGCGGCGGCGCCGUGAUCACCCUGAAGGCGAAGAACGCGUUCGUGCAGGCGCAGCCGGGGACCGUGUGCUUGGCGAUGUCGGCAGCGACGGACAACGUGGCGGUCAUCGGCAACAUCGCGCAGCAGAACUUUCAUGUUGGCUUCGACCUGGACAAGGGCUCCAUCACCUUCGCCGCUGCCGACUGCGCGAGCUCUUACCCAUCUCCUCCCGCCCCUGUCUCUUUGUAG